GGCAGGCAGUCAAUUGUGGCGCGCCAGCAUGGGAAGCUCGUAGCGGAAGGCAGCUCUCGCCUCGUCAUCCCACCUUGCUCGUCCCCCAUAUCGCCUUUGGCAUACCGCACCAACAACCGACGCAACCUGUAAUUACUUCCUCACUGAGCGAAUCUCCUCAGCUUCUAAUAUCGAGAAGCAACCGCCUAGACGAUCGGUCCCAUUCUCGAAGCUUGUGGAAUACCUCAAUAGCCCACCAUGCCUGGCUUCGACUUCUCUAACUACAACCGUAACCUUGCGCUCCACGCCCAGGGAGUCCCUCUUCCCAAGGCUACCAGCACAGGCACAACCAUUGUGGGAUGUAUCUAUGAUGGCGGUGUGGUGAUCGCCGCCGACACGAGAGCUACCGCUGGUCCCAUCGUGGCCGACAAGAACUGCGAGAAGCUACAUUACAUUGCGCCCCAGAUCUGGUGCGCGGGUGCCGGUACCGCCGCCGACACCGAGUUCACGACCGCCCUCAUCUCCUCCCAGCUAGAGCUGCACGCCCUAUCGACCGGCCGCAAGCCCCGCGUCGUCACUUGCAUGACCAUGCUCAAGCAGCACCUGUUCCGCUACCAGGGCCACAUUGGCGCGUACCUCGUCGUCGCAGGGUGUGAUCCCACGGGCACCCAUCUUUUCACAGUCCACGCCCACGGCAGCACCGACAAGCUGCCCUACGUCACAAUGGGUUCGGGUAGCUUGGCAGCCAUGAGUGUCUUUGAGAGCCAGUGGAAGCCGGAUCUCAACGAGGAGGAGGCCAUCAAGCUGGCAAGCAACGCCAUUCUGGCAGGUGUGUGGAACGAUCUAGGAUCUGGUUCAAACGUCGACGUGGCGGUCAUCACAAAGGACAAGACGACUUUGAAGAGGAAUUACAUCACGCCCAACGAGAAGAGCGCCAAGUUGCAGAGCUACCGCUUCCCCAAGGGCACGACGGCGGUACUCAACGAGAAGAUCAUUAAGAAGGAUGACAUUGGGCGGUAUGUUUCCGUGCAGGAGGUGCCUGUCGAGGGAGGGGAUAAGAUGGAGGUAGACGCGUGAUGAGUGAUCAUCGCCAUCGCGACGGGCAUGUGAUGAUGAAGACGUCAGUUCUGUAAUCAUAGACCGGGCGACUAUGAAAUGAAACCACUUUGACGACACGUCUUACGCAC